UAACCUAUCUAAUCGUUUUAUAAACACCGAUCCAAAUCCACCUCAGAAAACGCUCUGAAAUAUUGCCGGUUGCAUGUUGUUAAAGAUUUCUUCACCGGAGUUCAAUAUGAUUUUACCGUUGCCAACAGAAGAUGAUAUUACUUCUGUUUCAAAUAAAUUAACAGCAUGCUCCAAGCUAGAAGUGGAGCCGGUGGGUCGCUGGUUCGAGGCCCUGUGCCUGCGUCGCCGCCACAAGCACACUCUGUCUCAGCAUUCCCUGACCAGCUCGAGCUCCUCCGAGAGCGAGGAUGACCUUGAUGAUGAGCAGGAUGAGGAGUCCCUGCUACUCAGUCUCGAUCCAAAGGAGUGGAAGAAACAAGACCAUUAUGCUGUUUUGGGUCUUGCAAAACAAAGAUACAAAGCUUCCGAUGCCCUUAUAAAGAAAGCUUACAAGAAGAAAGUGCUGCACCACCACCCAGACAAGCGUAGAGCCCGAGGUCUGGAAGUCAAGGACGGGGAGGACGAUUACUUCACUUGCAUUACAAGGGCCUGGGAGACAUUGGGUAUUCCUGCAAAGCGGCGUGCCUUUGACAGCGUGGACCCGUUGUUUGACGACAGUGUACCGCCCAAUAAUAACAACUCCAAGGAGAAAUUCUAUGAGGUCUUCCGACCUGUGUUUGUCGAAAAUGCACGGUGGUCUAACAAGAAGCGUGUCCCAGAUAUUGGGGACGAAAGCUCCAGCUUUGAGGAAGUUAACAGAUUCUACACAUUUUGGUAUGACUUUGAUUCCUGGCGUGAGUUCUCAUACUUGGAUGAAGAAGAGAAGGAAAAAGGAGAAAAUCGAGAUGAAAGGAGAUGGAUAGAGAAGCAGAACAAAGCAGCAAGACAGAAAAGGAAGAAGGAAGAAAUGACAAGAAUUAGACAGAUAGUUGACAAUGCCUACGCCUGUGACCCCCGCAUAGCCCGCUUCAAGGAGGAGGAGAAGGAGAAAAAGGCGUCACAGAAGCGGGCGAAGCAGGACGCUGCCAGACAGAAACAGGAGGAGGAGGAUAGAAAAAAAAGAGAAGUAGAAGAGGUUGAACGAAAGAAGAAACAAGAAGAAGAGGAAAAAGCUCGCCAAGUGGCUGCUGCUGCUAAAAAGGAGAAGGAAGCUCUGAAGAACAAGUUGAAAAAGGAAAGGAAAACUCUCAGAACAACUGUGAAGGACUAUGAUUUCUUUGCCACCGAUGAGGAUGAGCGGGUCAGCCAUAUGGCAGAGCUGGAUAAGCUGGCAGAAUUACUGGAACUGACAACGUUACAGACUUUGAACGAGUCUUUGAAAUCAGGAGAUAAAGAACAAGCAAAACAAGCUUUCUGUGCACAGAUCAAAGAUCUGAAUGCCAAACUGGAAGCAGAGAAACUGAAGCAGCUGGAAGACAUGUCUGGAAAAUCUGGGGGCGAAAAAGCUAGCAAGGGGGGUAAGCCAUGGUCCGAGCAGGAGUUGCAGACCUUGAUCAAGGGAGUGAAUGUAUUCCCAGCUGGAACCAAGGAAAGAUGGGAGGUGAUAGCAAACUUCAUCAAGCAGCAUGUGUCGGGAAGCGACAAAAAUGCAAAGGAUGUACUUGCUAAGGCUAAAGAACUGCAGAAAAAUGACCUUGCUUUGAAGUCUCAGGCCUCGGAGAAUGCGUUCCAGAACUUCAACAAGCAGUCCAAACGGGACACUGUGGCUCAACCCAAGGAAGGGGUCCUCAGCGAGAGAAUGGAAUCUGUGGUCGAGCAGCAGAUCCGGGAGAUGGGUACCAACCCUGCCCCGUGGACGACAGAUGAGCAGAAACUCCUGGAGCAGGCGCUGAAAACAUUUCCCGCCAGUACUGCAGACAGAUGGGAGAGAAUAGCAGAGGCUGUACCCACCCGCAGCAAGAAGGACUGCAUGAUGAGAUACAAGGAACUGGUUGAACUGAUACGAGCCAAGAAGGCUGCUCAAGAUGCCACCAAGAAGAAGUAAGGCCUUCUGUGAUGUAUUGAGACUCCGUCACUUCACUGUCUCAACUGGCCUUGAAAAAGAUGCUUUAGAAAAUAUUGUGGCAUCCUUCUGCUAUGUUUUGAGACUCUGUCAGAUAUCUAUGUCAACUUGCCUUGAUUAAACAUCCUACAAAACGUCAGCUGACAUGGUUGACAUCUGAUAUUGGUUACCUUGGCAAAACAAAUAUUGCAUAAAUGGUGAUCAUUUCAAUCUGGGUAUUUUGUAUAAAAUUGGAGAAAAUAUGUGACAUCCAUAUGACAACUUAAAUAACAAAAUAUGUUGAGAAAUACCAGUUACAAAUUGUUUUCCUGCUGUCCUGGCUGUCUAAACAGACUUUAUAACAAUAUCAGACAUUGUUUAAUUAACUAGUAAAGAACUAGUGCUAUUGAUAAAUGUAUUUUGUUAGAUUUUUUUUUUAAAUCAAGAAGCUCAAUUUAAUAUUUGUUGAGUAGCAAAUGUCAAUUACCAACACUGGUAAAUGUUACAGUUUGGUGAUGAAAGUUAAAUCAGCCAUUCCCUGUUCUCCCUUUUGAUGUGUUUAAAGGAUGUAUUUGUAAUAAAAAAAACUACCAAUACCAUU